ACCUCCAUCUCCAGCUUCAACCUGCUAGUCAAAAUUUGUGUCUGGCUUUUCUUUCUCAUGGGAUAGCACUGUCACUUGUUACAAUCCCCAAAACCCCCUUUUCUUUCUCUAAUAAAAAAAACCACCCAAAAAUCUUCAUAACCAAAACCCCUUCCACAUUUUUUUCAUUUGAUUUCCAUCUAAAAUCAUGGAGACAAUCAAAUGUAGAUCACUCCCAAACAACAAGAGCAAGAUAGCAAGAACAUUCCAAAAAGUUAUCAACCUCAAGACUGCAACUAGAAUUGCUUCAAAUAAUGGGAUUGGCAUGUGUAUCCUGACACCACACAACAAGUUCGAUCAAGAUGAUUCAAACACCGCCUACAAACCUCAAAACACUAAUAAUCACAAGAAGAAAGAUGCCAAGGCCAAGCGCAGAGCAGUCUUGGAGGCAUUGCUGGCAAAGCUAUUUGCAAGCAUUACUACAAUUAAAGCAGGUUACGCGGAGCUACAAAUGGCUCAGAAUCCUUAUUGUAGUGAUGCUAUACAAGCUUCAGAUCAGGCUGUUGUUGAUGAGUUGAAACAAUUAUCAGAACUUAAGCGUAGUUUUUUCAAGAAUGAGCUUGACCUUUCACCCCAGGUUACUAUGAUGCUGGCGGAGAUUCAAGAACAACAGGGCUUAAUGAAGACCUAUGAGAUCACAAUCAAGAAACUGGAAGCAGGGGUUGAGGUUAAAGGUUCAGACAUUGGUUCACUCAAGAAACAGCUUGAUGAGGCCAUAGCUUUUAACAAGUCUCUUGAGAAGAGACUAAAUGCAAGUGGGCCUCUAUCAAUGUUCGACAACAUCCGGUUUUCACUCCUAAAUCCAACCCAUUUUGUUCAAUUCUUGCAUCAUGCUUUAAGGUCCGUUAGGAAUUUUGUGAAAUUAAUGGUUUGUGAAAUGGAGGUAGCCCACUGGGAUAUUGAAGCAGCUGCAAAAGCAAUUGAACCAGAAAACACUGUUUUCUCAAAGCCAAGCCACAGGUGCUUUGUCUUUGAAUCUUUUGUGUGCAAAACAAUGCUUGAGGGUUUCAAUCAUCCAAAUGAGGAGCUUCAAAGUGAACACUACUACUUCAUUGAAUUCAAAAAGCUCAAAUCUUUGAACCCAAAAGAGUUCUUGACUGAGAAUCCAGACUCAUCAUUUGCACGAUUCACAAGGGCUAAGUAUCUUCAACUUGUUCAUGCAAAAAUGGAGUGCUCUCUGUUUGGGAAUUUAAACCAGAGAAAGCUAGUGAAUUCUGGUGGAUUCCCAGAUUCUGCUUUCUUCAAUGCAUUUGUUGAGAUGGCUAGAAGGGUAUGGGCCUUGAAUCUCUUAGCUUUCUCAUUUGGUGAGGAUGUCAGUAUUUUUCAGAUAGCCAAGAAUUGCAGAUUCUCUGAUGUCUACAUGGAGGCUGUUACACAAGACUCGGUAUUAGAAACCACCAACGCUGACACUGAUCUCCUGGUAGCUUUCACAGUGGUUCCAGGAUUCAAGAUUGGCAAAACUGUGAUACAGAGUCAAGUUUACUUGUCUCCGCCAUGGGGUCACAGCCUUGGAGGAUCUAGCAAGAUUGCUAGUGUUAGCUAGCUGUUCGUCUCCUUCGCUGCUGCUUGCUUUCAGGUAGGGUCAAGCAGCACAGAGCUCUAGGUUACUGCCAUAAAAUGACAUUCUUUUAGUGAGCAUAAGGUCCAUGUUUAGAAAGUUUGAGCAAUGAGCAAGGUUCACGAGCUGCGUGCGCAACAUUGCCUGCAUCUGUUUGACUGCUAGCUAACACGCGAGCACUUCCAUCUUGUGACCAGAACUCCAAGCGUCGAUAGCCAUAUGUAGCUCAUCUUCUCUGUUUCCUGCAUUGAAUCUGCAUGGUCCCCAUGCAAAUCUAGACCAGCUUAAAAUGGAGAAAAAAAGGGAUCAGAAGCUGUGUCUCCUACAUGAAGGGAAGCGAUAACCCACAUGGUGAGAUAUUAAUAAGGAUGUUGGAAAUUAAAGAAUGAGACAAGCUUCAACACUUAAUACCAAUCAAUAGUUUUAUCAGAGUAGUUUCAGCAUGUCCAGAAAUUAAUAAAUACAUGUAGAAGAAAUAAAUAUGUGGGUACUGGCGGCCUUGUUCA